ACGUCAUUGCGUCACUCUCCUGCCCAGCCCUUCUUCUGUGUGCGUGCAAGGCUUCAGCCCAGAAUCACAGACAUCAUGGCGUCCUUAUCGAUGGCCCCGGUCAACAUCUUCAAACAUGGAGCUGAUGAGGAGAAAGCCGAAACUGCACGACUGUCGUCCUUUGUGGGAGCCAUCGCUAUCGGAGAUCUGGUGAAGAGCACUCUGGGUCCUAAGGGGAUGGACAAGAUCUUGCUUGGCGGAGGAAAAGGCGGCACAGUAACAGUGACCAACGAUGGAGCAACCAUCCUGAAAGCCAUCGGAGUCGAUAACCCUGCAGCUAAAGUUCUGGUUGACAUGUCAAAGGUUCAGGACGAUGAAGUCGGAGACGGGACGACCUCUGUCACUGUCCUCGCUGCAGAGCUGCUCCGGGAAGCAGAGCUUCUCAUCGCCAAGAAGAUCCACCCACAGACCAUCAUCUCCGGCUGGAGGAAGGCGACGCAGGCGGCCAGAGACGCUCUGAGGGAGGCUGCUGUGGACCACAGCAACGACUCGGCCCGUUUCAAUGAGGAUCUGCUGAACAUCGCUCGCACAACUCUCUCCUCCAAACUGCUGACUCAUCACAAAGAUCACUUCGCCCAUCUUGCCGUGAACGCCGUCAUGAGGCUGAAGGGCUCCGGGAACCUGGAGGCCAUCCACGUCAUCAAGAAGCUCGGAGGAGGACUCACCGACUCAUACCUGGAUGAAGGUUUCCUGCUGGAUAAGAAGAUCGGAGUAAACCAGCCGAAGAGGCUCGAGAACGUCAAAAUUCUGAUUGCCAACACAGGCAUGGACACCGACAAGAUCAAGAUUUUUGGCUCCAGGGUUCGAGUCGACUCGACGGCGAAGGUUGCAGAGAUCGAACUCGCAGAGAAAGAGAAGAUGAAGGAGAAGGUCGACCGGAUCCUGAAACACGGAAUCAACUGCUUCAUCAACAGACAGUUGAUCUAUAACUAUCCGGAGCAGCUCUUCGCUCAGGCCGGAGUCAUGGCCAUCGAACACGCUGACUUCGCCGGUGUGGAGCGCCUUGCUCUGGUCACAGGAGGAGAGAUCACCUCCACCUUCGAUCACCCCGAGCUUGUCAAACUGGGCCACUGUAAGCUGAUCGAGGAGGUCAUGAUCGGAGAGGACAUGCUCAUCCACUUCUCUGGAGUCGCCAUGGGUGAGGCGUGCACCGUCGUCCUGAGAGGGGCGACUCAGCAGAUUCUGGACGAGGCCGAGCGCUCGCUGCAUGACGCGCUGUGUGUGUUAGCUCAGACUGUGAAGGAGCCACGCACCGUCUACGGAGGAGGCUGCUCUGAGAUGCUGAUGGCCAAAGUGGUGACUGAACUGGCCAAUAGGACGGCAGGAAAGGAGGCAGUCGCCAUUGAGUCUUUCGCCAAGGCUCUUAGGAUGCUGCCAACCAUCAUCGCUGACAACGCCGGCUACGACAGCGCCGACCUGGUGGCUCAGCUGAGAGCUGCACACCAGGAGAACAAAAUCACCUUUGGACUGAACAUGUCUGAAGGCACCGUGGGAAACAUGGCGGAGCUGGGGAUCACAGAGUCGUUCCAGGUGAAGCGUCAGGUGCUGCUGAGCGCGUCUGAAGCUGCAGAGAUGAUCCUGAGAGUGGACAACAUCAUCAAAGCUGCUCCCAGGAAGAGAGUUCCCGACCAUCACCCCUGCUAGAGGAAGAGGAGGAUGAAGAUGAAAGAAGGGAGGGGGAUCACUUUAGUUAUUUAUCACCUCUGUGUAGCUCAAAUUAAAGAAACGCUCCGCUGUUUUUUUCUCUGUCAGACUCUGUGGAAGCACUGCACAGGCUAGCGUUAGCUCGUUUGUUACGACGUGGCUCAGAACGGACGUUUGGACGUCGUUUGUUUUGUUUACUGAAAUAAAUAAGCCAAUCCUCAUCA